AUGUCGCCGUCAGUUCAGUACAACGAGACCUUCGACGAGGAUGUUCCGAUCCUCAUUAUUGGGGGUGGCCCAUCCGUCCGAUCACUGAUCACCGAAAGAUAUGCGACCCGCUUGGCCGCUCCCAAGGCGCAUGCAUUGAACCCGCGAUCACUUGAAAUGUGUCGCCAGUUCGGGUUGGAUGUGAAUGAGAUUCGCAAGAUUGGCACCUCGCGCAGAGAUGCCUACUGGGUCAACUUUAUCACCAGCUUGGCCGGCGAGCAAGUCGGCAGAUUGCCCUACGAGCGCAUGGACGCCGAAGUUCUUAACAGCACCCCUACUAUGAUUCACAAUAUCCCCCAGCCGGCUUUCGAAGAGCUGGUUGCCUCGAGGCUAUCCAAGAGUAGCCUGGUCGAGAUUCGCAAGAACCACACCUUUGUCAGCUUGGAGCAGUUUGAUGGUCAUGUUAUCACCGUGAUUCAGGACCGUGAUUCAAACGAAACGUACAGAGUGCGCUCGAAGCAUGUGGUUGCCUGUGAUGGCGCAAAAAGCGCCGUGCGCAAUUUCCUUGGGAUUGAAAGCGAGGGCGAGGAUUCUUACGAAACAAUGAUGACCAUCCACAUCAACGCGGAUCUGCGUCCCAUUGUGAAGGAACGAGUCGGCAUGCUCCAUUGGGUGAUGGAUCCUUUGGUAUCGGGAUUCAUCAUCGCCUACGACCUGGCUGGCAACCAGGUUCUGAUAUGCAAUUUUGACUCCGAUAAAUGGCCUGUCGCAUCCUGGAAUGAAGAGCACUGCCGCACGCUCGUCGGCGCUGCCGUCGGCGCGGAUGUUAAGUAUGACGUUCUCAGUUUUCGUCCCUGGAUACUGAGCCGAAAGGUCGCCAACUCCUACCGUGAUGGACGGGUCUUCCUUGCUGGCGAUGCCGCCCAUUCCUUUCCUCCAACCGGCGGCUUAGGCCUGAACUCCGGGCUCGGCGACGUCCAUAAUUUGGCUUAUAAGCUGGCUGCCGUGCACCGUGGCGCCGCCACUGAGGCGUCCCUGGAUACCUACCAAGCCGAGCGUCGUCCGAUUGCCUUGGUAAACUCGCAACAGAGUGUGAAGAACGGGAAGAAGAUUUUCAGGUUGCUGAAGAGCCUGGGCACUACUGAUCCUAACGUCAGCGUUGCUCGUCGCAACCUAUACCAGACCAUUCACGAUGAGAAGGCCAUGGUCGACAUCAACAGGGCUAUUGAAGACCAGCGCGAGCAUUUUGAUAACCUCGGCCUGCACAUCGGUUACGUGUACGGCGACAAACGCAUCCCCGACAACGCAUCUGUGGAGUUGAUGCAAUGA